AUGCAAAAGUUCAAAUUAUGUAUGUUGGGUGAAAUGGGUGUCGGCAAGACGUGUAUAGUGAAAAGGUAUUUAAAUCACGUGUUUGACAGCAAUACGCACGAUACAGUCGGCUGUGAUUUUUUGACAAAGGUUUGUCAAAUCGGGAAGAAGAAGAUCGAAUUGAGUGUAUGGGACACUGCGGGGUCCGAAAAAUUCCGUUCGAUGUUAAAUAUGUACUACCGAAAUAUUUCAUCGUGUAUGAUAGUCUACGAUAUCACUUCUCGAUUAUCAUUUGAAAAGGUCGAGGAGUGGUACAACACAGUCCAGAAAGAAAACGACAUGAAUAAUGAGAAACACGUGAUCGUCAUGAUCGUCGCAGCAAAGAUAGACCUUGCAGCAAAGCGAGAAGUGACUAAAGUCGAAGGGGAGAAUUUAGCACAGAGGUUAGGUUGUCUCUUCACCGAAGUCACAUCAGUUUCCGGUGAUACUGUUGAAGUUGCCUUCCAAUUUAUACUGGACAACCUUGAUUUAAGCGUGGUCCCAGAAGAACCCCAGGAAUCUCCUGACUUUUCUGAACAAAGUUCGUGUUGUUAA